AUGGCUAAUGUGCGGGAUGCGUUGUGGGAGUCGGGUUAUGAUGAAUCAGUUGAGGUCAACCAACGCGCCCUAAUAGACAAGGUCCUUGCGCGAUAUUCUGGCGAGUUCACAGUGUUCCGCGAGCUGUUGCAGAACUCAGACGACGCAAGCGCUUCUGCGGUCGAGAUCCAUUUCGAAACGAAAGCCUACCUUGACCGCGAGAAUAACAAGGCUGAAACCGGUGAAGCAUCCGAUCUUGUUCCAGAGGCGGAGAGUUUCCCAGAUCUCAAGAACGCUGCGGUCCACCAGUGGACAUUCAAGAACAAUGGUAUCGUCUUCAGAGACGAGGACUGGAGCCGUCUAAAGAAGAUUGCGGAGGGCAAUCCAGACGAAGAGAAGAUCGGGGCCUUCGGCGUUGGAUUCUACAGUCUAUUCUCUGUGACCGAGGAGCCAUGGGUGUUUUCUGGAGGCCAGUGGAUGAACUUUUACUGGAAGGACAAGAAAGACCAGCUGUUCGCAAGGCGAGGAGUGCGCAAAGGCAUCGAGAACGACCCUUGGACUACAUUUCAGAUGGAGCUUCGGGAGCCCACACCCAUUCCUCAACCCUUCGAUUUUACUCGCUUCUUGGCAUCGUCUAUCACAUUCAUGCGACACUUGGUCGAUGUCAGCAUCUUCCUGGACGACAAGAGGCUUUCUCGUCUGACGAAGAAUCCAGGGAAACCCGUCUCGCUCGCUCUACCAAAAGGAUUGAAGCCAUCGAGUCCGUUGGGUACGAUGACUGUGCACGGCAUCAUGACAACUCCGCUAUCGAUAAAAGCCGAGGUCAUGGAGUGGGUCUACAUGGCAGGGACCGAAAAACCCCAGCCAAAGAAAGAAGUCCCCAAACCUACGUCUGGGGGUGGUGGUGGAUUCUUCUCGUCCCUCUUCUCCUCCUUUGGUGGCUCUGGAGCACCAUCACGAUCUAUCACUCCUACCCCCACCCCGUCUGUUCCCAAAGUCGACCCUAAAGCGAUCGUUGAGUCUAACGUCGUACUCUCCAUCUUCACCGCAGACAUCGCAGUCUCUUUGGAUCAGAAGAUGGUAACAGAGCUCAACCGUUCAACUAAGAAGAACCCUCCCACGAGGAUGAAAUACGAGCUCAUCUAUACCGGAAAGAAAGAGUACGACGCAAGUAAGAGCGAAGAUACAAAGCACGGGCGGCCCACAGGGAGUAUUUUCCAGGGCCUGCGUGCGGAUAUCGAUGGGACCGGCCAAGCAAAGGUUUUCAUCGGACAUUCCACAGCUCAGACCACGGGUCUCGCAGGGCACAUGUCAGCCCGAUUCAUUCCAACUGUUGAGCGAGAAUCCAUUGAUCUCGUGGAUCGUAAUGUUGCAGUUUGGAAUAAGGAACUGCUCUACAUGGGAGGGUACCUCUCGCGUGCCGCCUACGAGAUCCAAAUUUCUGCCGUCCAGCAUACAUGGGAUACAGCCCUGGCGGCCGCUAAGGUCAACUCGCCGGACGCCACCUUGGACGAAGAGCUUCGCGUCUCAUUGCGGGAUCAAGUCAUACAUGCGCUAAAGUUCUUUACAUUCCACGCAUCGACGCCAUCUUCAGUAGUCUCGCGUUUCCUCGAAGAGGCCUUCUUCGCAUGCGCCGUUACCAAGACUCUGUUCUCCGGUCGCAAGACUCAUUUCUACAUCAUGUCGUCCACAGGCGUACGUGACGCUUUUGACGUGCGCUACCCAGACGAGGCGUUCGAUGGUUUCAUGAAAAACCUCCCUAUCGUCCCAAAGGAAGUCUUGGAUCAAGCAUCCGCCAUCAUCGAUAAAUUGCGAGAGCAAGGCAUGCUCAAGGACAUCAACUUCAAGGAUGUCUUAGAGGAGCUCCGUGAUCGCCCGCUCACUCUGACGGAGAUGCAGGAGUGUUUUAAAUGGUGGAUCAAGCUAUACAAUCGGGGCAUGGCCGGUGUCACUGUCAGCCUGGACACUGUGCGAUCACAGCUACUGAAUGCCGCAGUCCUCACAAUCGAAGAAGCUGGCAAGCCGGGACAGAUUGUACCCCUCUCCAUCAUCGAAAGUUUCCUCAACUCUCGCACCAGUGGCUCCCUCAUCCCCACCGAUGGGCCGCUUCCCCCUCACCUUUUGCCUGUCUCCCUCUCCCGUCAUUUCGACCCUGCUCAUCUCAUGGCUGCUUUCGGCUGGCGCGAACUCAGCAUUACAGAGUGGCUUAAACAUAUCCACGACGUCCACCUGUCUCCUCAAUGGGCCGAGCGCGUGCUGAACGUUCUGGCGCGCGCGAGCCCGUCGCUGUCCAAGGGUCGUCUGGAAGAGACCAAGGCGUUGCUUAGCGAACACGCUUGUAUCCCGACUUCCGCUGGACUCAAGAGGCCAAGCGAAGCAUACUUCCAAAAUGCGCAUGUCUUCAGUGAUCUGCCGGUUCUGACCUUGCCUUCCGGUGCUGUGGUGAAAGGACCUAUGGAGAAGUUCCUGCAGACCAUUGGAGUUCGGAAACACGUCGACCUUCAGAUCGUCUUCGACCGGAUGAUCAAAACGGGAGACUGGACCAUCGCGGACCUGAUCAAGUAUCUUGUCGACGUUCAGAUGACGCUUACCGCCACCGAGCUCGAGCGACUGGAGAUGACGUCCGCAUUCCCUCGUGAGCUUCGAGAGGGCGAGAAGCUUCCUGAGAACGGCAAGCCCUUCCGUCAGAAGGCCUCCGAUCUCUAUGAGCCUCUGGAUGUAUUCAGAGAGCUCAAGCUGCCGAUUAUCGACUGGGGAAAGACCCAGAAAUGGCGCAGUAAUUCUCCAGAGGCCAAAUUCCUGUACAAGCUGGGCUUGCGACGCAACCCGCCACUGCCUGAGCUCAUUGGUCUGGCAGCUAACGACAAUGAGCCAGUGCGCAAGGCAGCUAUGAAGUACUUCUUUGAUCAUUAUGCCACCCAUUACGCGGACUAUGACCCCAACAACUUCUCGAACGUCGCAUUUAUCCCCGCGGUGCAAGGCGGCAAGAGCUGCGUGGCUCGACCGCACGAGGUGUUUUCAUCGCCGGAAUGGGCCACUCUUGGCUUCAUGGUCAUCGACCCGUCACUCAAAGGGGAGAGCCUUGUGCAUCUCAGGCUUCAAGAACACCCACCCGGGACGAAACUGGUUAACCUUUUGCACAGUUCACCGCCUUCCAGCGAGGAAAUAGGUGGACGGUGGUUCUCGAUUCUCGCGAGUCGCGUUAGCUCGUUUUCCUCUCACGAGCUCAGGGCUUUGUCUCAGAUGGCAUUUGUCCCUGUCAAGCGCCCCAACGGAAGUAUUCAACGUCUACCUCCUACACAGUGCUAUUUCAAAGGAGACUCGCAAGCACAAUUCCACUCGAAGUUGUUCACGUUCGUGGACUUUGGCGUGACAGCGAACGCUUUCCUGAGCGCGUGCGGCGUGAAGCACGAACCAUCGGUCGAGGAGAUUGCCAAGAUCUUGCUUGACAACCCAAGGCAGUUCUACGAGUUGGCUGAGGGUCGUGAGAACUAUCUCACCGAGCUUCGGAACAUUGCCGUCAACAGACGGCUGAUCUCUUCCGGUACCUUGGCGAGAUUGAAGCGCUCCCCCGUCCUGCUAUGCUCUCAGCGCAUCCGCAAGGCGAAGUCUCCCACAAUUCAGAAGUCGCCUAUGCAGACUAUGGAGGAACUCGAGGAGGAAGAUUGGGAGUAUCAGUAUGACCUGGCGACACCCGACAAGAUUGUGAUCGCGGACGAUACUCAUGCAUACCAGCUUUUCGGCGACGUCAUAUUCACAGCUCCACAGGAAGAUCUACUAGAAGAAUUUUACAUGGAGCUUGGCUGCAGACGAGUGAGCUCGACGGUGCGGGAAGAUUACAAUACCAGCGGUGAGGUCGUAGGCUCGCGCAAAGCGGCAGAGACUCGUGGUCUUAUCCUGGAACGCUUGCCGUUGUUCUUGCAUGAACACACGCACACGAAGACAAAGGUGUCCUACUCCUGGCUCAACAGCGACAAGAACUUCAUCGUCAAGACCUUCGGCAAGCUCACCGUCACCAAGACCCUGGACUACCGUGAGAAGAAAUUCUCCAAGAGUCAAGACGCAUCGGCCGUCGCUCGGAGAAUCAAUCGUGGUCCGAUCGAACUGUGGCUGGCAGGCAACGACCAAGUCGACAUGUACGAGGUAUCAACGUCGAUGUGCAGGCAUCUUUUCGACUCGCCCAAAGUCAACGAUGCUCUUCUGUUCAUGACUAUCCUGUCGACGGACCUGCGAGCACUACGUAGGAGAGGCUACAAUGUCGACCGCAUUCUUCGACAGCAGAAGGCGGAUCGUCUCGCUGCAGAAGAAGCUCGUGCAAAAGCCAAGGCUGCCAUCGCUUCCCAGACCGCAUUGAAUGCUCCCGUGGACACAUUGGUUUCUCCACCACCGCUGCCUGCGAAGGAUACUCUCAUCGACCACGAAGUGGCGAGCUUGCCCGACGAGUCGAAACAUGCCGGGCCGAUGAACACGUUCCGUCAAUCGCUGCAGAAGAUGAAUCAGUGGAAAAGGAAGGGAGACGACAACUCCGCCGUCGCUGGACCAAGCGAUGCACCAGCCAUGCCACCUCCGGUUGGCAAUGAGCUGCAGGCACCGCUCCUGCCGCCUCCGCGUCAGGACCGCGCUCGCACGCCAAAUCCCGCGGCGACGCCCAGGAGCGCCAUCAACUCCAACAUCGAUCUUGCCAUCCGGGCAUGUAAGGAGGAACGGAACGACACGCUGAGGAAUCGGCAGCAUGUCCAGAUGGUCAAAGAGUCUCUGAACGAAGGUUACUGUGAUGUUUCCGGGCAUCCCACUGACAUGGCUCUAGCUGGUGAAAUGGGCGGCAUCAAGGUUUUCGUUGCCAAAGACGUUCCCGAUAUGAAGUCCUUCAUGAAGACCAAGUCUGAAUCCCUGGCUCGCUUUAUUUACACCAUUCGGCCUCUGCAGGAAGUGUAUACCCUCCCGCCUACCAGUCUGCACAUCUUCUAUGACCGCGCCGGCGAGCUCAUCGCUUUCAACCGAUCUGCGAGUCUGUUCCUCAACCUAAGAUACUUCGAGCAGUGGCAUGACGCGGAAGUUCAGGCGGGUAUCCUGAUGAACGCGUAUAUUUCAUGGUACUUCACACUUGCUCACGAGAUCGCACACAACCUAGUCAAGGAACACAACUCGGAGCAUGAGUUCUACUUCUCUUCGAUCUGCGAGCAAUAUUUGCCCUCCUUCAUGAAGUUGGUAUCGGGUGGUGGCAGAUGA